AUGGCUCUGACUCUAAAAGAAAGAGCGCUUGCUGGACAGCUUUCGGGUUUUAUUGGCAAAAGUGAGGAAGUAAAAAAUGCACUUGUAAAUGGUUUGCACAGUAAUGUAAAUCAGCUUGAAAAGCUUUUACAAGCAUCUUGCGGAGAUAAGGGGUGUUGUGAUAUUAAGAAUUUCAGUGAUGAUCAUCUUAAAAGUCUUCAAAAGACAUUUGAUAACAUUGAUAAAAUUGCAACAGAAAUUAAUGGCCUUAAAAAAGAUGUUGCUGAAAAAGGUAAGGCGUCCGGAAGGACGCCGUCCGACGGUCAGUCUGAGAUUCAGAAGCUUAAUGAGAAAAUUAAUGACCUUAAAGAAAAAAUUUUCCAACAAAGUUCUGAGCUUAAAAAUCAAAUUAACAUUGUAAUUGAGCUUGUUGAAAAGAAAAUUAAGGAACUUGAACCUAAGAAAAAUAAAGUUGAUAGCCUUCAACGUAAAGUGAAUGAGCUUAAAAAGGAAAUUGAUGCUAAGCCAAAUAAUGUUGAUCAACUUAAAAACCUUAAAAAUCAACUUGAAGCAGCACAAAAUGAUUUCCCUGAAAAAGAGUCUAAAUCUCUUGACUCUCAUAGUGCUUCCAAGAAGUCUCUUAAGACACUGAAAGAGCUUUGUGGAUAUGCUGAGAAAAUUCAUGAAAAUUCUAAAACUCAAAAUAAUGAUGGUAAUUGUGCAGAAAUUCUUAAAAACCUCUGCACAGGCCUCGAAAAAUUUCUCGGCUACCAUGAUGGUAAUUACACCGGAGAAGGGAUUGUGUACUCUGACCUCGACAGGCUCUGCGACGGGGUGAUGUCUUUCCUUCAUGGUGUUCUUUGUAACAUUCAAGGCCAUUUAGGCUUACAUAGUGAUAAGAUUAGAGAGGCAAUUGAGUCUCUUAACACCAAUAAACAUCUUGGCAAAGAAGGUUUUAAUGCUGCGAUUGUCAAGGUGGUGUCGGGGGUGAGGGAGUAUAAUGAGGGUGUUGUAAAGUCUAAUACCUCUAUAAAAUCGCCAAUAUGGACAUUCUUACAACCCUUCAAAAAAGAUAAAGGUGAGCUAAUGAAACAAAUUAAUGCUUUGCAGGUGUCUGAUGUGCCAAGGCAAGCGGAGCAGGAGGCGUCCAAGGCCAAGAGCCUUGUGGAGUCGUGUCUUCGACACUCUAAUGUCUUUGAUAGCGCACUUAGCAAACUAACUAAGGACAUUAAUGAUCUUAAUGCACAGUGUAAAACUAGUGUAAAUAGCUCACAUAAGAAUGUGAAGUAUGAGAUUAAGCGACUGGAGCAGCUGUCCAGUAGGGAGCAUGGCGACUUGGCGGCCAUGAUUAAGUUGAUCGGAACUAAGUUGAACGGCCUCGGAGUGGAGGUCAAAGACGAAAUUUGCAAGCAGGUGAGAGACCUUGUUGAGCACUUGAAAGGACGGGUUCAGCUCAUUAAGCUUCAGCUUGAAGAUGUUAACAAGAGUCUGAAGGAGUACCUGAAAGAUAUUGACCAGUGGAUGUCAGAGGCGGAUAGGAUUGUUGAUGAGAACACCAGCCAGACUGGUUUCAUUAUAGAUAAAAAGCCUGGGUGGGAGUAUCGACAAAAACUUGAGAAGCUGCCGGAUGAAAUGAAAAAGUUUGGAGAGAAUCCCCUCGAAAUAUAUAUUAGCGGCGUGAGAGAUCAAUUGCAGAGUAAAGUUCAGGAAGCUAGGCAGAAUCUUGAAAAGCUGGAUAAGGUUUAUAAGAAUAAAUUGUGGAGCAUUGCGGAGGCUGUCAAACAAGUUGAGCCGGCCAUUGAGAAGCUUGGAGGUGUUAUUGAAAAUGGCGAUGCGGACGUAGGAAAAGGUAAAAAUAUCAAAAGUAUUGUGAACCAUGUUAAAGGGAAGGUGGAGGGUAUUCAGGGCAUAAAAGGGCUGCAAGGAAUAAAAAAUGGAGUUGUGACGUAUGCGAUGGGCGUUGCCAGGAAUAUGGAGGAUGCGACGAUCGUUACGUGGGUAUCGGAAAUAGCGAAAAAUAAUGAAACUGUGAAUAGGGAUAUUGGUUACUACUUCAAAAAGAGCGGCGACCUGCAGAAAGCGAUCAAGGCGAUAACAAAUAAAAUUAAAGGGAUUGUAUCGAAAGUUGGCAAGAAACCCAGCGAUCAAGGCGACGUAAAGUCUAUACUGGCAAGCAUUCAUAAAUAUCAUCAAGCCGUUGCUGAGGCGGUUAGAGAAAAGCUUGCGUGGAAGGAGGUUUGUAACAUUGCCAAAGAGGUCGAAGACGAGCCGGAGUUAAAAUCAACGUCCAAGAGUCCCACUUUUAAAAUGGGCUUCGAAUAUGCCGUGCAAACCAUUCUGCGGCAUGUCUAUACAUCAGCAUCAAACCUCGCCACGGAAUUUGAAUCCUUCGUUAGCACAAAAAAUACAAAUUUGGACACCAACAUCGACACUGCUCUUAGUGAGGCCGAACCGCUUUUUAAGCAUCUUAAUCAGGCGGUCGCCGGCACCAACCACGCCCAAGCCGUCGACACCGCGAUCGCGCAGGUGCAGACGCAGGUUCAGCAUAUUUCCGGCCCAGCAGACAACGUAAAUCUAGGCGACAGCUCCAUCAACUCCGAACGCGACGCCGCUUACAACCCCCUCGAGCAAGCGAUCCAGGGCAUAAGCAGCGAAGCAAGUCUACUCACUGUAAAAGCCACCAGUGACGCCCUCGGUGAUUGGGGCGAGAAAAUAACAAAGCAUCUCACCCAGCUGUUGCAAGAAUUCUCCAAGGCCGGCGAACAGGUCAAAUGGAAUUUAGGCAUACUGAAAGACGAGCAGAUUGGGAAAAAGCUUAAGAACAUCAGACAGCAACUUGAGAAGCUCCAACAAGGCCCGGUGACCAAGGCCCUGAAUGAAGCCAACGAUAUUCUGAAAAAGCAGAAGAAGUGA